UUGUCCUACUCAAACAUGUUUCAGCAUUGAGCCAGUGAGGAACUUCACCCUAAGACAGACCCAGUAAAUGACCAAUCCUGAUUCAACAUCAAAUGCAAUUUGUUAAACUCAAUAAAAAUUUUAAAAUCUUAUAUGCAAUUAAAUUGUUCAAAAAUAUUUCAGUACAGUCCUAUAUUACAGUUUUCUUUGCUAUUGUCAAAAAAUGUGAUGCUCUGUACUGGAUCAUCUUUAGUUUUUGUCAGAAAAAACAAGAAUAAUGGGCAAUACAAUCUGACAGCACAAGAGAUUAAAUGUUGGGUGAAAAUGAGCAGAAGAUAUACAGAUUCUAAAGAUUUGUUAAGGGUUUCAUGGAUUGAUAGGAAAGUUAAAGAAUAUGAACCUAAAGAGGUAGAAAAAGUUCAGCCAAAAGUGGUCCAUUUGCGUUUCUUCGAUGGCAUUUCUGACUUUCACAUCCAAUACUUUGUCGAAAAAUUUAGAAGAAAACAAACAAAAGAGAAUGAUGUCAUUACACUCAACGAUGUAAAAGAUGUCGUUUUGUACACAUUCUGGGGCAACCUGAAUCCAAAUUUCAUCGAUUUCUUUUAUACGAUUGCAGUCGAUCAGUUUCUAAGGGCUCUCCUCCUGUACUUCCAAUACUUCAUCAGACUCUUUUACAUUAUUGUGGAGCGCAGUAAACUGAAAAAAACUCAUAUAUCACACCCUAAUUCAAAACUACAUGAAACCAAAUGGCGCCAGCAACUCUCUGACUUAAGAUUUAUUGUCGCUCGAGAAUACUCUUCAAUUUUACUCGGUCUGAAAGGCACUGCAAAAUUCCAUCACUUUUGCAGUAACAAUCAAUCGCCUGAGUCGGAUAGGAUGCUUUAUGAAAAUCUGCAUUUAUUUUCUUUGAGGAUCCUUGAAGUUGUUUUAGGAGAAAGAGAAAAUCUAGCAUUAUAUGAAGAGUUUAACCGCUUGUUUAUGACUGGAACUAUAGGUACAAAGAAAAGAAAAAAAGGUAUUCUCAACAAGUUAGAUGUCGAUCUUGAAUUUCCAUUCUAUUGUCCAAAACUUCAAUUUAAAACCCCACUAGUCAAGGAAUUAUACAGGCCAAAUCGUGAUCCAAUCUUGAAAAAUAUUGGUGUUAAAAAGAUGGAAACCAUUCCAGAUGACUACCUUCUGGGUGUUGAACUUGGUCUGCUCUGUAACGAGGAACAUUUUACCGAGGCGAAUUUUUCUUUUGGUAUUUUGGGAAAGGAAAGGGUGUUAUUUGAUCCAUUGUUUGCAUUUCGAGAGGAUUUAUUAAUGGAUGUUCAGGAUUGUUCUAAAUAUGAAGUAAAGCACAAAACUACAUUUGGAGAGUGGACAGUGGACAGGCGCCAGGCUUAUUCUGUUCUUGCUAAGAUAGAUGCCAAUUCACCUUACAAUGUAAAAAAUAAGUUUUAUGAGCCAAAUAAAAAUGCUCGAAGGGAACGAAUACAACUGAGAGAGAUGUGGAUUCAAAAUUCAGAUUUGAAGUGCAGGCUUAAGUAUGGGCUGGAGACUGGAGAAAGGGCCAUCCUUACACCAAAAGAGCUGGAAAAUAAACGAAAUCAAAGAAUUUUGAAGGUCGAUGACCUACCCAAUAAACAAUUGUCUGAUGAGUUAAUUGCGAAGUUGUUGGUUAGUACCACGCAAAAAAAGCAUCUCAAGGACCUCAGCCUGUCAUCUCUUUUAUCCUUUUCAUCAUCAAGUGAGCAAAUCCAGCCAGAUGCUGUAUCUCUUUUUGAAGAUGAAAAAGAUGCAAUACAACCUACGUCCUGAAAAACUUUAACAGGCUUAAAAGUAAUAUAAUAUAAAAAAAUAAAAUAAACUUCUUACAAAUAAUAUUAAGAAAAAUCAGAUAAU